GAAAGCUCUCUCGUCCCCACACACACAACCAAAAAACCCUAACUUUUUCUUCUCAUUUCUUUCUUUCUUUCUUUCUCUGUGUCAUUUCGUCGAACAGCUUCAAUACACUUUCGAAAAUGCGUGAGAUCCUUCACAUUCAAGGUGGUCAAUGCGGCAACCAGAUUGGUGCCAAGUUCUGGGAAGUGGUCUGCGCGGAGCAUGGCAUCGACCCCACCGGAAGGUACGGCGGCGACACCGAUCUUCAGCUCGAGAGGAUCAAUGUGUACUAUAAGGGGCCGUACGGUCAGAUCUUUAGACCGGAUAACUUUGUGUUCGGGCAGAGUGGUGCUGGGAACAAUUGGGCUAAAGGGCACUACACGGAGGGUGCCGAGCUUAUCGAUUCGGUUCUUGAUGUUGUGAGAAAGGAAGCUGAGAACUGUGAUUGCUUACAAGGUUUUCAAGUGUGCCAUUCUCUGGGUGGAGGAACUGGGUCUGGAAUGGGUACCCUGUUGAUUUCAAAGAUCAGGGAAGAAUACCCAGAUAGGAUGAUGCUUACUUUCUCAGUCUUUCCAUCUCCAAAGGUUUCAGACACUGUGGUUGAACCCUACAAUGCUACUCUAUCUGUUCAUCAGCUUGUUGAAAAUGCUGAUGAAUGUAUGGUUCUUGAUAAUGAAGCCUUGUAUGACAUUUGCUUCCGUACCCUCAAGCUCACCACACCAAGCUUUGGUGAUUUGAACCAUUUGAUUUCGGCAACCAUGUCUGGUGUCACAUGUUGUUUGAGGUUCCCUGGUCAGCUGAACUCUGACCUUAGGAAGCUCGCCGUCAACCUCAUCCCCUUCCCUCGGCUUCACUUUUUCAUGGUCGGGUUUGCUCCUCUCACCUCUCGCGGUUCUCAGCAGUACAGGGCCUUGAGUGUUCCGGAGCUCACACAGCAAAUGUGGGAUGCCAAGAACAUGAUGUGUGCUGCUGAUCCUAGGCACGGAAGGUACCUCACUGCCUCCGCUAUGUUCCGUGGCAAGAUGAGCACAAAGGAGGUUGAUGAGCAAAUGAUCAAUGUUCAGAACAAGAACUCCUCAUACUUCGUCGAAUGGAUUCCAAACAAUGUCAAGUCCACUGUAUGUGAUAUUCCCCCUACAGGAUUAAAGAUGGCCUCAACAUUCAUUGGAAACUCCACCUCAAUUCAGGAGAUGUUCCGAAGGGUGAGCGAGCAGUUCACUGCUAUGUUCAGAAGAAAGGCUUUCUUGCAUUGGUACACCGGGGAAGGCAUGGACGAGAUGGAAUUCACAGAGGCAGAGAGUAACAUGAAUGACCUUGUUUCGGAGUAUCAGCAAUACCAGGAUGCCACUGCUGAUGAGGAUGAGUACGAAGAGGAAGAGGAAGAAGAUUACCAGCAACAUGACAUGUGAUUUUGAUCUUCAGUGAAUGCGGUGACCGCAACAUCCUGUUGCCGGAUCAUACUCUCUUUAUUGAGGGAUAUAGUAUACUGUUCCGGCUAGCACUAGUUUACAUUGCUUAAUAUCAAACUAUUUCUGGGUUUUGUUAAUGUUUUUCUUAAUAUUUUUAUGUACUUGUUGGUAGAGAAGACAGUAUAUUAAGCAACUAUUAUUUUCGAAGCUA